AUGAAGUUCCAAUAUGCGUUGGCCAAGGAACAGCUAGGCAGCAACUCGCGCAGUGGCGUCAAAAAACUAAUAAGUAAACACCACUGGCUUCCGGAAUACUAUUUCUCUGAUCUCUCAUUUUCUGUUGUACAGCAGUGGGACAGUAGAGCCAUUGAAAAAACUACAAUCAUAUCUUGUAUGCGGCCCGCAAACCAAGAGAUUUAUCCUUUGUGA